AUUGACGUAUUUCGGUUUUGAGGAACCUAUGAUAUACCUUGUGUAGGUAGGUACCUACAUAAUAUAAGGUAUAUAUAAAUAUAUCGUCGAUAGUACUCAAAAAGAAAAGCCAAUUAUUCAUCGACAGUAUCAAGAUCAACUUAAAUCAUCUUCCGAAACACUUAUCAUCGCGAAUUCGUAUCUACUUGCUAGGUAUUAGCUAACCCCUAAUUAUUACUAUACCUACCUCCUAUACAAUAAAGCCCAACACCUUAACAUCCACAAUCAUGCCCCUCGACAACAACAAGCCCAGCAGCGGCAGCAGCCAGGACUCGGGCGUGACCGGCGCAGCCAAGUUCGUCACGAGCACGGUCGGCAACGUCGCGGGCGGCGUGGGCCGGACGGCCGGCGGCGUCGUGGGCGCCGCGACCCGCGGGGUCGGCGACACCAUCACGAGCGCCACGGGGUCCGCGGGGAAACCCGUCGGCGACGCCCUGAGCUCCGUCGGCACGGGCGUCCAGGACGGCGCCGAGAGCGUGUCGAAGGGCGUCGAGAACGCGGGUCAGUGGAAGCGAUAAAUUACCUAGGUACCUACCCAGGUAGCUAGCUACCUACCGUUAAUGACCUGAUUCGUGGCUUUCGACCUAGGACGCAAGUAAAUAAAAAAGAAAAAAAAAUAGUAAAGCCGGAUGGGGAGAGGAGGAAAAAAAAAAAGGAAGGGCGGGGAUUGAUAUGAAGUAAUAAUGAGAUUGAAUGAUAACGUAUGGGUGUAGGAAAAAUAAACGAGAAGGAUCUGUUUGUACGAUUAAUAUGUUAUGAUUAUCUACCUGACAUUAUAAUACUUGUUAAAUAUGUUCUACGUAUCGCACACUUCAAA